UUAUCGCCUAAUAGGCAAAGCUAGAUUUGACGAUUUGGUUUGGCCUGAUUUAGGCUAUAGCCUAAUCCUGAGCAAGCGACGAGCCUGCUGUUCUGCGCACAGGAUGGAUACCGUCUGGAAAUUCUGUAGUUUUUUUAUUCGAGGAAGAGAUAUGGGCGUACGAUAGACUUGUGAUCUAAACAAAAAAAACUUACAAACAAAGAUACGUUUCUUCACUGACACGACUCCAACAUAUUUCUGUGGAUUUCUAUCGCCCAGUCUGUGUGCUACCGCUGCUUCGUGGUUUCCCCGUGUGACUAAUCUAGCGAGCUCCCAUGAUUUUUUUCACGGUUCAGCGGCGCUCACGGGUGAAUAAACCCAAGUUAUGUCCUUCGAAAGAUAAUAAGUUGGAUUCGGCAAGGAUGAGCACGGAUACGCAAAUGUUUGUUUUAGAUGGAUAAGCGUUAACGAGCUGACAGACUGGAACUUGUGCACUUUACACACAAACUUGUAGCCUAUUCCCUGUCAGCAUCGACUAAAAAUACAGCAGUACCUUAAUUUGCUCCCCACACACUAUUGGAAUGUGUCUGCCAAUCAUCUUCUGUGUCGGUUGUCGUGAAUGCCUGAUUGAGAAUGACGAUACCCUGUUUUCUUUUAUCUGCACCGAUGCUUGUCAUCAUCAUGGAACAGUACGUCAACGUUAAUUGGAGUUAACUUUUAUCGGUGGAAUUUACUAUCUAAUUGUAUUGGAAAUCAUGUCGGACUAAUGGGAACUUCAUCCUGAAACCACUUCAGUCCACCAUACCAGAAAACAUUUAAACGCCUCUCCGCUGUUUCACGACCGCGUCAAUUUGAAUAUCCAAGCAAAAUGGGAGAACAACCGAUCUUCAGCACUCGGGCACAUGUUUUUCAGAUUGAUCCUAACACCAAGAAGAACUGGGUACCAACCAGUAAGCAUGCGGUCACAGUCUCCUACUUCUAUGACAGCACACGUAAUGUCUACCGCAUCAUCAGUCUUGAUGGCUCCAAGGCCAUCAUUAACAGUACCAUCACUCCCAACAUGACCUUCACCAAAACAUCUCAGAAGUUUGGCCAAUGGGCUGACAGUCGAGCCAAUACAGUCUAUGGCCUUGGCUUCUCCUCAGAGAGUCAAUUGGUUAAGUUUGCAGAGAAAUUUGCAGAGUUUAAGGAGGCUGCACGUCUGGCGAAAGAGAAGUCCCAAGAGAAGAUGGAACUGACUACCACUCCUUCCCAAGUGACUCUUGCCUCUCCCACACAGGAAUCAGCAACAGGUGAUCUCCAGUCACCUCUGACACUAGAGAGUGUUAAUGGCACUGAGGAUGAGAGGCUGAUACCUGAUGCAACACAGAACAUAGAGCUGCAGGCAGAGACUAAUUCAAUGCUCUUCCCUCACAGCAGCUCCACCAUAACCAAGCACUGGGAGGCAGAGCUUGCAGCCCUGAAGGGGAAUAAUGCCAAGCUGACUGCAGCACUACUGGAAUCUACAGCCAAUGUCAAGCAGUGGAAGCAGCAGUUGGCAGCCUACCAGGAGGAGGCUGAGCGAUUGCACAAAAGAGUGACGGAGCUAGAGUGUGUGAGCAGCCAAACUAGUGGUAUUAAGAUCCAAAAGACAGAGCUCAAUCAGACUAUAGAGGAACUGGAAGCAGUGCUGAAAACCAAGGAAGAGGAGCUGGAGCAGCUAAGAGAAAAAGUACAAAAUGCCAAUCACCUGCAGACUCAAAGGGAUUCAGUUUCUGAGAAACUUAAAGAGACCGAGUUACAUAAUCAAGAGCUGGAGGUGCAACUUCGCGAUCUAGAGCAACGUUUGGAGAGCAGUCAGCUUGAGCAGGAAGCCUUCAAGAAGAGCUUGCGUUCUCUGCUAGAGCUGCUAGAUGGCAAAAUAUUUGAACUGACUGAGCUUCGUGAUAGCCUUGCCAAGCUAAUUGAGGGCAGCUAGGGACUGCAGAGACUGCCAUAGAGGCACAACUGAAUUGCUGUUUACACAUAUACUCAACACACAAACCUCACAACACACACACCUGUACAUGUUCACAUCUGUAUGCAAAUAUGUCCCACAUGCACAGAGAAACUCUCCAGAUACAGAUACCCUCACACAGGAUCCCUGUGAGAAAAUCCUGGUACCAACAUGGACGUAUGACCUACGAGUUUUUUUUCCCCCUUUCAUUUUGCUCCUUUUUCAUCUCCUACCUGGUUUGUAUUCAGCAGUGAGGACUCCUCCGAGUGACACUGGAUUUAUAUCCUACACGUUUAUGUCCUCCUGUUAUAUGCUAGGACAUUGCAGUGUUUUUUUUGUUUUUGCAGUGUCCUGUUCAGGAUUUUUUCAAUAUGAUUAUUGUAAUUACAUAAUAGGUGCCUGUACCAAGAGCCAUGUAUAGACUGACUGACUUAUUAACUGACUGACUGAACUUCUUGCCUGCUGUUAUCAAUAGGCCCUUGAGGUGUUCACUUAUGUUUGUUCAUAGAUGAACAGAUACUGCCUCUGGUAAGAUGUCUCAGAAAUUCUGGGAAAUUGAACUCAGCUAAAAGACGAGGACUCAGAAAAGCAAUCCAAUUUCCAAGCCAAAAGCUCUUGUCCACUCUGGUGGCUUCAUGCUCCCUUUUACAGAUGAGCGUAGUCAUAUGGUCAAUGUUCAAAAGGGAUAUAUAAAUUGGACAGGAACACUCCCCACUAUUUGAGCAAUAAAAGAAACCAAUGGAUGAGAUUGAGUAAGGGGAAUGCAGUCUCAUUAUCAGGUAUAUACUUCCCUCUUUUUAACUUUGGGCGGGGACAACAUCUGUCAUCUGUAUGAUUUAAAAAAAAAAAAAAAACAAUAUUUGGAAGUUUUAGUGCACUUGUGGGGGAAAAAAAACCUUGUAUGAGUUAAAUUAAACAAGUUGUGUUUACUUGUUAUUCUGUUCCAUUUGUUUUAAGGUGCAUUCUUUCUGGUUUUGUGUGGUUAUACAAAUAUUUUUAAAUCAUUUAAAACAGUUUAUUUUUAUUUCAGUUGGCCAAACAUUUUUCAAUGUUUGAUAUGUGAAUGUUCUCGUUUUUUGAAGUAAUGGCAAUAUUUUUCAACUUCGUAAAAGUGGAUUUGAAGGACACAUAAUGCAGAUAAGACAUUGUUUCCUUUGCCAAAAUGUUUUCCUGUACAACAGUUGCCUUUGGUACAGUCAUGCUUCAAGGGUAACUGAUU